AUGGCCAACGAUACAAUUAUCCCGGCUGGGUCUCCGCCUGCAGGUCAAACGUCCAAUUUUAUUAACCCGGACUAUGUUGGUACCAAGUUUUUGGUAGUGAACUGCGUGUUUCUGCCGUUGGCUGUCAUUGCUCUUGGAGUGCGAACAUGGACGCGAUUGUUCGUCGUGCGGAGUUUCCGCGCUGAUGAUUAUUUGAUGGUUGCGGCUCUCAUCCUAUCAUGUGUUAUGACUGGAGUGACAUUGGACAUGCUCAAUUGGGGUCUUGGAAAGCACAUGUGGGAUGUUCCUCUAUCUGAAUUCUCACCACAGUUCAACAAGUUGAACCUCAUCGCCGCCAUUGUCUACUGCGCAGCAACUGGGUUUACCAAAUGCUCCGUUCUCGUGUUCUACCUCCGGAUCUUCCCUAGCCGAAAGUUCCAUAUAGCCGUCUGGACAUUUGUAUUCAUCGCAGCUGGGUACAGUAUCGCUAGUGUACUAGCCAACCUGCUCAGCUGUCACCCAGUCGCCAAAUCAUGGGACUCUACAAUUACAGGCGGAUACUGCAUGAACCGACCUGUGUUUUACUUUGCCAAUGCCGGUUUGGGUAUUUUCACCGAUUUCGCGACGGUCGCUGUUCCGAUACCAUGGAUCCGUCCAUUGCAAAUGCCAAUACGGCAAAAGAUUGCCGUUGCCGCGGUACUCGCAAUGGGAUGUUUUGUUGGAAUUGUUAGCUGCAUUCGCCUUGCCAGCUUAUACAAUCUUCUAGAGAGCACUGAUCUAACAUGGACUACCACCGAUGCACUGAUGUGGUGCACGAUCGAGCUCAACCUUGGAAUCUUCGGUGGCUCCGUCACAGCCAUUCGACCUUUCGUCCGGCGAUACUUUCCCCGUCUCCUCGGUCUAUCCUCUGCUGGUGGAUACUACGGAUCGCAAUCUCGAAAGCAAGCACACCCCUUGAACUCAAUGCCACGAAGCGGACAACCCGACUUUUCGAACCACGGUCAUCAAUACUCCACUACGCUCACCGCAUCUCGAAACGCGGCCGAUAAUGAUAGCGAAGAGCAUAUAUUGUCCUUGAACAACCCCGGCACUCCAAAAGAGAUGGAUGGCAUUAUUCGGACGGUGGAAUUUGACAUAGAGAAUUCGUCCACUGCGGGGCGGUGA